UAGUAACGGAUCAGUCAUGCUUAUCAACCUAGCUUUGGUACCACACCUCCCGUUGUCUCACAAACUCUUAAUCUAUUUUUAAGGUUGUUCUUGUACUUGUUUGUUCUUCGAGGAGGAGGAGGAGAUUACAGGAGGAGAUGGGUCGUGGAAAGAUAGAGAUCAGGAAGAUUGAGAACUCAACCAACAGGCAAGUUACUUACUCUAAGAGAAGAAAUGGUAUUUUCAAGAAAGCCCAUGAGCUUAGCGUUCUUUGUGAUGCUAAGGUUUCACUCAUCAUGCUCUCCGAUACCAAGAAGUUCCAUGAGUAUACUAGUCCUUCAAUAACGACUAAAAAGGUCAUGGAUGAUUAUCAAAGCGCUGUAGGUGUUGAUCUCUGGAGCACGCACUAUGAGAAAAUGCAAGAGAGUUUAAGAAGAUUGAAGGAGACCAACAAUAAGCUGAGGAGAGACAUCAGGCAAAGAAUGGGUGAAGACUUGAAUGAUCUCAACUGGGACAAUAUGUGCCGUCUGCAAGAGAAGAUUGUUGAUUCUCUUGCUAUCAUACGCCAUAGAAAGUACCAUGUGAUCAAAAAUCAAACUGAUACCUACAAGAAGAAGGUGAGAAACCUGAAGGAAAGACAUGGAAAUCUUCUGUAUGACUUGGAGGCAAGAUCAUGUGAAGAUCCAAAGUAUGGGAUUGUGGACAACGCCAGAGACUACAACUCGGCCCUUGCAUUAGCUGAUGGAGGGUUGUCCAACCUCUAUGCUCUCCGAUUGCAGUCGAGCCACCCCAAUCUUCAGGACCUCCGACUUGCUUAAACUUUAAAAGCUCCAAGAACUGGGGAUUUAUCUAAUUUAUGUUCUUAUCUAAUUUUAUCCGCAAAGAACUAGUGGAUGUGCUAGUCCUCGUAUGAGAAAGAAUGUUAGAAGUAAUUUAAGUUGUUGAAACUCAAAAACUGCAUUAACUAUUGGGACGAGGUUUUUGCUCAUGCAAUAUCUACUUCGAUGCUGUAAUGCGAUUUUUAAUUUCCUUUAAAAACUUCAUCUGCGCUA